AUGGAGUCGAUGAUCGAACUCUGCGAUCUGAUCGCACACAAUCCUUCGCAAUUUGCUGAUAAAUUGGCUUGGAUUUGUGGACUAUGUCCACCAAUUGACUCUCCAGUGAGUUGUCCUCGGAUUUUGCCAUUGGCCGUUGAGGAGUAUACGGGAGAGAUUGUGAUGUCGGCGGUUAACAAUGUCAGUGGAGAUUUGGGGUUCACCGAGGAGCUAGUUUCGACCACUCCUGAAGCGUCAUCGUCUUUUUUGGGUCGAUUCCGUAUUCUAUUGCCCAAUCUUUUUUGCCACAGUCGUUUGGAAGCGAUUCAAUCUUUUGAUUUCCUGAGUUAUGUGAAUGAAGCCAGUGAGUUGUCCUCGGAUUUUGCCAUGGCCGUUGCGGAGUAUACGGGAGAGAUUGUGAUGUCGGCGAUUAACAAUGUCAGUGGAGAUUUGGGGGUUUCAAGGUUUUCUUGA